AUUUGUUUUCCGGUUGCCUUGGUUACAACUUUCAAACACUGCGAAGGUAAAAAAUUGUGAAUCAAAAUGAAAUUGAAAAUAUCUUUUUUUAAAGAACCAAAACAUGUUGGAGUUGUUUCUUGUGUUAGCUGGAAUAACACCGAAGAUGUAUUUUCAUGCGGAGAUGAUCAUAAGCUCCUUAAAUGGAACCUUGUAAAUGGUGAAUGUCUUACCGUAGCCACGUUACCGGAAGAUUUUUAUCCUACAUGUAUGCAUUUAUUUCCAAAAAUAAACGUUGGAGGAAACAAGCACCAGCAAGAUGUUAUUUUAAUUGCAUGUGCCGAUGGCAAGUUUCAUAUUGUAAAUAACAAUGGUCGGAUAGAAAAAAGUGUUACGGCACAUCAAGGCGCAUGCUUAGCUGCACAAUGGAGUCCUGAUGGAGCUGGACUUUUAACGGCUGGUGAAGAUGGCUUUGUGAAGGUUUGGUCUCGUAAUGGUCUUUUACGUUCUGUCGUAAUACAAUCUGAUGAGCCAUGUUAUAGUGCUAUUUGGAACCCUGAUAAUAGCUCUAUCCUGUACACAAAAGGAAAUUCACUUAUAAUAAAACAUUUAAACUCUAGCUCUAAGUUGAGUAAGUGGAAAGCGCAUGACGGUAUUAUUUUAUGCAUAGCUUGGAAUGCAAAUAACAAUUUGAUCAUAUCUGGCUCUGAAGAUGGAUUUUCAAAGAUUUGGGAUUCAUUCGGUCAGCAAAUUUCGGUGAGCGUGAAACAUGAUCAGCCGAUAACAAGCGUUAGCUGGUCACCAGCUGGCGAUAUGUUUAUAAUCGGCAGCUAUAAUUUGAUACGGCUUUGCAAUGCAAAUGGUUGGUCUCACUGUUUGGAACGUCCAUCAACUGGCAGCAUUUACAGCAUUGCUUGGUCAUCCGAUGGCACACAGUUAGCUGCAGCAUGUGCUAACGGGCACGUCUUGUUUGCACAUAUUAUUGACAGGGAAUAUACCUGGAAAAAUUACGCAUGUACGCAAGUUGGGAGAAAAGUUGUUGCCAUUAAAGACAUUCUUACCGAUCAGAACGACCAACUCGAUUAUCCCGACAGAGUUAUACAAAUCGCAUUAGGUUUCAAUCACUUAGUCAUAGCUACUGUGAAACAGUGUUUCAUACACAAGUUGACCUCAUGGAAUACACCUGUUACAUUUGAUCUCAAGGAAGGAACUAUUAGCAUGAUUUUGCUUGCAGAGAGAUGUAUGUGUGUGAUAGAACGAGCUGGUAUCUCCAUAUACAGUUAUAUGGGACGGUUACUUGCAAGUCCUAGAUGUGGAUCACGACCUGAAACUUUAGGGAGAGCUGCAGUAUCUUUGGGGCCAGAUUCUUUGGCCGUUAUUGACCAAACCGACAGAAAAACCAUCCAGGUGUUUGAUUUACCAACGGGAUUAAUUGUACGAAGUUCUGCUGAUAAUACGGUGACAAAAUUGGUUCAUAAAAUGACAGUAUCGAAUGUCGCACUAAGUCAAACUGGGCCAAUCAGUGAAAGACAACUUGCUCUCUUAGAUUACAAUAGGGAUUUGUAUGUUGUCACAGUUAAAGAUCCAAAAUCGAAGUUUGUUAAGUUAGGGUCUCAAGUGCUAAGUAUAGUAUGGAGUGCAGACACAGAGCUACUGGUCGGAUUACGAGCAAACUCUGCGGUCGCUUGGUGUUGCACUCGAGCUGCUACACAACCUGACUGGCUCACUCUAACUACUGUUAGCAAGGAUAUUAGUGAUCUAGGCCGUAAUCCCAGUAUCCUAAGUGUAGAAGAAGGCGUCGCCUGUAUCUGCCGUGGUAAUGGCUCACUACUGCACGUUUCACUUGCCGCCUUUCCUGAGAAACUCUUGAAACACGUUGCAGCUAAUAUGUGGCAGGAUGCAUUACACCUUUGCAGGACGGUAGAAGAUGAAACACUGUGGGCAUGUCUAGCUGUUUUAGCCUGGCAACACAAUCAGCUUGCUGUUGCUGAGGAGGCCUUUGCUUUGAUACGACAAUACUACCAAGUCUGUUAUAUACAGCAUUUGAGAAGUACGAUUCCAGAGAAGCUGUCAACUAAGUAAAUAGUGAAAAAUCAACCGUUUUAGAAUUUAUUACUUACCUACAAAAUUGUAUCUAAUAUACUUUUAAUACAAUAAAAUAAAUAUAAA